CAACAGCGGCAGCAACGGCUGCAGCAGCAACAGCGAAAGACAGUCAUGUGUAAGCAUCUAUGUUGUCGGAGACUUGUUACUGUUGUGGAGUUAAGCUGAUCGACUUGAUAAGGUGUGCUGAGGUGUGUGGCAAAGUUUGAUUUCACCGCGAACACCACCGUCGGAGGGGUUUGGGGGUUAUUAGCUGCCACUUCUGUUGUUGUUGUUAUUGUUGUUAGUGGUGGCCCCUAGGGUUUUCUACUUUCACUCUUCUCACUUGUGGAUGUCUUUGAUUAUUCAUCUUUGGUCAUCUCUCACAUAAUAAGUGAUGGGGAAUAUCCUGGAGAUCGAUGGGCUCCCAGACCAGCUCAUCAGAUUACAGGUUGAGAAUGUGAAAUGGUUGGAUCGUGUCAACCCCCGCAAGUCAUCGGAAGGUACUUUACAUUUAACCGCCACCCACCUGAUUUUUGUGGACAACGUUCGGAAAAAGGAAACAUGGAUUCUUCACAUGUACAUAGGAAGUGUAGAGAAACAUCCUAUAACGACAGCGGGGAGCCCACUUUACAUCAAAUACAAAAACUUUAUGGCCAUCACAUUUAUCAUCCCACGUGAAAGAGACUGUCAAGAUGUUUAUACAUCUCUUCUUAAACUUUCACAGCCAGCGAGCCUGGAAGAUUUGUAUGCAUUCCAAUUCAAAAUUAAUGAAGGCAUGCCACAAAAUCAUGGAUGGGAAAUGUUCAAUUUCCGAAUGGAGUAUGACCGUAUGGAUGUACCAAACAAUAAAUGGGUACUGACUAACAUCAACAAAGAUUAUGAGAUCUGUGAUACUUAUCCCCGCUUCUUGUACGUCCCAGCAUCAGCUACCACACCAGUUCUUGUUGGUAGCUCUAAGUUCCGAAGUAGGGGCCGUCUUCCUGUAUUGUCCUACUAUCAUCGAAACAAUUCAGCUGCUAUCUGCCGUUGCAGUCAACCGCUUGCUGGAUUCAGUGCUCGAUGCGUGGAAGAUGAACAGAUGCUCAAUGCCAUUUUGAGAGUGAACCCAGAGUCAUCAUUUAUGUAUGUGGUUGACACCCGACCAAAGAUCAAUGCUGUUGCUAACAAAGCUGCUGGGAAAGGCUAUGAAAAGGAAAGCUUCUAUUCCAACAUCAAGUUCCAAUUUUUGGGAAUUGAGAAUAUCCACGUGAUGAGGAGUAGCUUACAAAAACUUCUUGAAGUCUGUGAGUUGAAGAAUCCUUCCAUGUCUGCAUUCCUAUCAGGUCUGGAGAGCAGUGGCUGGUUAAAACAUGUGCGAGCUGUCAUGGAGACUUCAGUUUUCAUUGCUAAAGCUGUCUCUGAAGGUGUCAGUGUCCUUGUACACUGUUCAGAUGGUUGGGACCGCACAGCUCAAACAUGUUCUUUGGCUUCUCUCAUGUUGGACCCUUACUAUAGAACAUUAAAAGGAUUUCAGGACCUUAUUGAAAAAGAAUGGCUGGCUUUUGGACAUAAAUUUACAGACCGAUGUGGUUUUCUGGGCACAGUUGACCCUAAAGAAGUUUCCCCGGUGUUCACACAAUUCAUUGACGCAGUGUGGCAGAUGACUCACCAAUUCCCCUGUGCUUUUCAAUUCAACGAACGUUUCUUGCUGGUUCUUCACGAUCAUGUUUUCUCAUGUCAAUACGGUACUUUUAUUGGAAACUGUGAGAAGGAUCGCAUCGAUCUAAGGUUGUCAGAAAGAACACACUCCCUCUGGGGUUACAUCCAUAAGUACAUGAACGACUUCAUCAACCCUAUUUUCCAGAAGGAUAACAUGGCAACUAAAGCAAGUGGGUUGCUUUUCCCAAACACUUGCCCCCAAAUCUUCAGGUUUUGGAAAGGAAUGUAUAACCGCUUUGAUACUGGUGUGCAUCCUAGAGAAGAAAUAAUGGAUACAUUAGCAACAGCUAAAGAACACAGCAGCUCCCUUGAAGACCAUAUACGGUUACUUGAAAUGAGAAUCAAUGACCUUUGCAAACGAAUGGGUAUUUCUGAGGAAGUGAUCCAGCGUAAGCUACAGUGUUUCUCAUCUAUGGACUCUCUUGAUGGUGUUUUACUGACAGAACCUACCGAAGAGAAUGGUGGAGAUAAGUUAAGCAGUACCAAUUUAACCCUCACCAAGUCCUUUGAAUCAGAAAACAAUCACGUUGCUGGCAAGAGUGACACUGAAUCAGGCUUUGAUGAAUCCAGUUCCCAGUUGUCUCGUUCAGGUAUUGAUGAUGGCCUGGUAUCCAGUGUAGUGUCUUUAACAAGCGUCACUGGCAGUUCUGAACCCCUCACAAAAGCUCAACUCUAUGAAGAACUAGCGUCCGUUGCUAUUGACUGGAAGCCAUUCCGGAAUGUACAAAACUGUAGUUGUGCAUAUUCUUUUGAACAUUUUUCAAAGAAGUACCACUGUUGGAAGUGUGGUGAGGUGUUUUGUACCCGUUGUAUCGCUGCUCAUCUACCUCUGCCAGGUCAUUUCCCCAAACGCCAUGCACCCGUCUGUGUGCAGUGUUACAGCCAAUUGAACCGAGUCCUGCCUUUACCAGAGGUUUCUGCACAGGUGGUCAGCUGAAUAGACCCAAACCAAACCGAAUGAAUUAAUUCACUUCAGUUGUGACUGUUUCAUACAAAAACCCACCGGACAUUGGUACCAGUUUUAGAGAAUCAACAUAAAAAAAAAAAAUGUGAUCAAAAUGUAAUGUUAAUAAUAAUAAUAUAAAUAUGAAUAUAUGAAAGGAUAAGUAAAUAAGAUAGCCCUCUUUUCCCAAGCCACCCAAAUGAAAUAAAAGUCUCCACUCACCCCACCCCCUCCACUGUCAUAUUUACACACAGGAUAUAAUAAAAUGAUCUUCAUUUUGAAGGAUCCACGCUGUGUGUGCAUGUGUGUGUGUGUGUGUGUGUGUGCUUGUGUUUGUCUGUGUGUGUAAGUAAGAAAAGAUAAAUUUCUGGUGAGAGAAAAUUAAACGGUCAAAAAAAAAAAGAGAAAUUAAAAAGACAACAAAAUAGUCAAAUGAAUAUUUAAAUAAUAAUUAUGACAACAACAACAAAAAAAGAUCCCUCACUUGAAUAGCCCUUUCCCUUCCUCCCUCCCUCCUGCCCUUCCAUUCUCCUCUCCCAAUCUUCUCCCUCUCUCUUUCUCUCUGUCAAAAACUGGAAAAAAAAAAAAAAAAUUAUGAAUUCAGUAAAAGCAAUGUCAUCUCGGCUUAGAAUGGACAAUGUCAAUAAACUAGUAUCUGUCAUUUGUAGAGAGACAGUUGCCGUAGAGACACACAGACAAGCUACUACUAUUAUUACUACUACUACUACUACUAUUACUACUGCUGUUGUUGUUUGUUUGUUGACUGUAGUUUAUCAUUUCUAGAAUUACAACUGCUUCAGCUUCUAAACACAUACAAAGUAACUUAACACUCACCUCUCUCUCUUAGUAUAUAUAUAUAAUAUAUAUAUAUAUAUAUAUGUGGGCGUAUUUUAAACACAGAUUUUGGUCGCUAUUUGAGUUUCAUGCCCUGUGAUCUUUUGGGCAAUGCUCUGAAAGAUUGCAGAUAGUGGAAGACAUGAAUAACAAUUGAAAUCUUAGUUUAAAUAAAAAACAUACAUAAAACUGUACACCACAUGUAUUUAGUGGUCUCUUCUUUCUUUUACAAAUGGUAACACACAUACACACACACACACACACAUAUCUGUAUCUCUCUCUCUGAGAAUCUGAAUCGAAACUACAAAGAAUUAAAAUGAAAAAAAAAAAAAAAAAAAAAAAAAAGCAAACAGUUUUAAUUACAAAAUGUUGUAAAGUUUUAAAAAACCAGAAAAGAAAACAUUAUCUUAAGCGAUUUAGAGUUUGUUGGCCAUGGCAAUGUAUACACUUUUCUUUGGUUGUUGAUGUUUUUUAUUUUUUAUGUAAUAAAUGUCUGCAAUAAUUGUUAACAUAAUGAGAUAAUGUGACUUAGCCAAA